AUGAAUGCCAGCUUCUGUAGUCGCCAUUGCCUAUAUUUCGAUACAUAAAACUGUUUGUGGAAAGUGUUUCAAUGAUAGUUGACAUUUUCAUAGAUCAACCUGAUUACUAGUGAUUUCAAGGUGGUCUCUGACUCUUCUUUUUUCCUAGUGAUCAGAAUUCUCUUUGACGUCCUUUACAUCUCUAUUUUUUUUAUAAGUGAUGGCCGUCGUCUGCUGUUCAACUUCAUCGUCUCCAGAGGUAGAUCAAUCGAUGCCAACGGCCGAAAGUUGGUGCUAUACUCAGGUAAAAGUGAUUAAAUUUUCCUACACCUGGACAAUUAACAAUUUUAGUUAUAGUCGAGAAGACAUGGGAGAAGUCCUGAAAAGUUCAACGUUUUCUGCUGGACCUAACGAUAAGUUAAAAUGGUGUCUUCGAGUGAAUCCCAAAGGAUUAGAUGAAGAAAGUAAAGAAUACUUAUCUCUUUACCUUUUACUAGUAUUUUGCAAUAAAAGUGAAGUUCGAGCUAAAUUUAAAUUUUCGAUUCUAAAUGAGCAGCGAGAAGAAACUAAAGCAAUGGAAAGUCAAAGAGCUUACAAAUUUGCCCAGGGCAAAGAUUGGGGUUUCAAGAAAUUCAUUCGAAGGGAUUAUCUCAUGGAUGAAAAAAAUGGCUUGCUCCCUGAUGACAAACUAACGCUAUUUUGUGAAGUGAGUGUAGUUACUGAUUCUGUAAAUAUUUCUGGCCAAACUUGUGCCAUCCAGUUCAAAGUUCCUGAAUGUCAAUUAUCCAAAGAUAUAGGUGCAUUAUUCAGAGAGAAAAAGUUUAGUGAUGUCACUCUAAGUGUCAAUGGUUAUGAAUUUUUCGCAUACAAAGCAAUUCUUUCAGCUCGAAGUCCAGUGUUUGCAGCAAUGUUUGAACAUGAUAUGACAGAAAAGAAACAGAAUCGAGUGGAAAUAACUGACAUGGAGCCUGAUGUCCUAGGAGAAUUGUUUCACUUCAUUUAUACGGAUUGUUCAAACAAUUUAACCAUUAUGCCUGAAGAGCUUUUAGCUGCUGCCGAUAAGUAUGCUUUGGAAAGACUUAAAGUGAUGUGUGAAGAAGAAUUGUCUAAUAAUUUAUCAAUCGAGUCUUCAGCAGAAACUUUAAUAUUAGCUGAUCUUCAUAAUGCUAAUCAACUGAAAGCAUAUGCUAUUGAAUUCCUAAAGAGUCAUGCAUCUGAUGUGAUUGAAACUCCUGGAUGGAAAACGAUGAUUGAAACUUGUCCCCAUUUGAUAGCAGAAGUAUUUAGACAUUUAGCUCAUCAACAAAUUCCUAUUAUGUAUCCACCUAGGAAGCGUUCUAAACAACAGUCUUAAGGGGUGUAGCAGUUGCAUUACUCUUAUCUUCUCUUUUGGAUACUAGAUGGCGAUGCCUGAUUAGGCCAUCCCAUAGUGCAUUGCGAUUGUAAUUAGACUGAGAUGUGACGCUGAACUAUGAAGCCGCGCGUGAAUGUUUUGUGUUUGUUUUAGUGUGUGAAUGUGAUUAUUAAAAGAAAUGUUCCUAAAAACAUUCGCCCUGUUGCUUCCUGCAUGGAUCUUAAUAAUCUACAUACCACCACAUUGGCGCCCAACGUAAAAGAAUUUCUGAUGAAACGGAAGUGAAAUCGUCUCGACGAUCACAAGAAAAUUUUCCCGCCACCACAUUGGCGGCCAACGGAAAAGAAAUUCUGAUGAAAUGAAAGCAAAGUCGUCCCGACACAAGUUAUAAUUUUUCUCAUCCCGAUAACGUGUCGUCCUGACACAAAAUAAUUUUUCCCAUCCCGGGAAUAGUUCAUCAUUGUGUUCCAGUGAAAUGAUGAAACGAAAAUGAAGUCGUCCCGACGAUCGCAAGAAAAUUUUUCCGCGCACAGCAAAUUAUGAAACGUGUCGUCCCGACACAAGUUAUAAUUUUUCUCAUCCCGAGAACGUGUCAUCCUGACACAUGUGAUUAUUCUCAUCCCGAGAACUGUCCAUCAUUGUGUUCCAGACAUCUGUCCUAAAAGAUGAACCAGCGUCUGCCAUCUUCGCUUCCUUGAUGUCCUAAGGAGUAUUCCAGUAUUCAGUUUUAAAUCCUAACUCGUACGGGACGUUGGCCCCUGUACCGAGUAUAAUUUUUUAUUUGCGCAUCUCCAGCAAAAAUCUACAUUUAAAUCCAGUGAAGAAAGUGUGUUUCUGUUUUUCAAAUUUACAGCAUGGAAAAGUGCAUCAGUUUUGUUUUGGUCGUUCCUGUCCGUAUCUGUUCUCAGAUAAGUGUCAUAAUACUUAUGCAUUUUUUGUUGUUGUUGUUGUUGUUUAAAUUCAAUAGCAUCCAGCAUUUGUUUCGUUGAAAUACAUUCUAGCAACAUUCUUUCAGGUUUGAAUACACCAAAAUGCUUCGUCUUCUGUGAAAUGUUUUCAUACUAUUUAAUAAUUUCUAAGUUACUUCUGUUUUUAUAGCCUAUUCAUCGUUGCUAGUUUGCAUAAUUAAAUAUCUGUAUUGUUUUGUUAUUUGAUCUCAAUCAUUGAAAGUGCGUAAUAAUAUAUCUUUUAAAUAUUUAGAUAUUCUAUAUAGUGAAUUUCAAGUAGUUGUUGUAUUUCUGUAUUUUAAUUAAGCACGAAGUAAUUUAUCGUACUUGAUACAUUUCUUGGUCCGUAAGUUUGCGAACCGAAACCAAAGCUGUUCUCGUUUUCUGAUACCAUUGUAUGUGCCCUUGAGUGACGCGCCAAGUCUCAUUAAGUAUUCAUAAGCUCAGUCGCUCUCAAAGUGAUUAAUCUAAACAAGUAUUGAAUAUGUUUUCUUUUUUCAGUUGCAUGGUAUUUUGGUAUGAAAAACUGUUCUGAUAGAUUUAUUUUUUUUUUUCAGAGUAAUGAUUCAGCAUUUAAUCGUAUAAAAUGUGCAAUUUUAUUUCUGAUUCUAAGAAUGUUAUUUUUAUGGUUAAGAAUACUUCUUAAUUUAAA